UUCAUCUCGGCGUUCUACAGGAUGGGGGGAUGAUUGUCAGUCUACAGCAACCCAACCCUCAUCACUGUCUACAGGCUAUUGACACAUAUGGGAUCACCAGACUGUACACAGUACCAUCUACACUCAAGCAACUGACGACAGCCGACUCUGGCUACGACCUCUCGACUUUGGAGUCCGUGUACUGUGGUGCAGCCCAGCUCAAGAGGACGAUAGCCGCAGCGUUCACGGAGAGAUUUGGAAUACAGGUGUACCAAGGGUACGGCAUGACGGAGACGACCGGCCUGACACAUGUUGAAGUAGAACCUGGAGACCCCACAACAGUUGGGGUGUUGCUGCCCAACACGGAGGGCAAGAUUAUCGACCCUCUCUCUGGCGAUGGGGAUCGCGGAGAACUGUGCAUUAAGGGGCCCCAAGUGAUGAAAGGUUACCAUGGAAACAGAAACGCCACACUUGACGUUAUUGACCAAGAUGGAUGGUUUCACACAGGCGACCUAGCGCGGGUCUCUGGAGAUGGCCGGAUUGUUGUGGAAGGCAGACUGGAAGACGUCAUCAGUUGCCGAGACGUUUCCGUUUUUCCUGCUGAGGUGGAGAACUUUCUCCAGAAUCACCCUGACGUGGAGGACAGUGCUGUCAUUGGCGUCCCCGAUACUCAGUCAGGAGAGGUGCUUAAAGCAUUCGUUGUCAAGAGCAACGGGAGCUCUGUGAGCCAGAACGACAUACAGGAGUUUGUAGAAGCCAACUUGGACACACACAAGCAUCUCCGAGGAGGGGUUGAGUUUCUAGAUCAGAUUCCACGAUCACCAACAGGGCAGAUCAUCCGCUGGGUCCUGAAGAAGAAAGCGUAAGACAACCAUUCUGCACACUUCGAAAUGACCGCGCUUGUUGGACAAGUAUCCGUACGAACAGAACCGAGUCAGAAGCACUGGAAUCGGUAAUUCAGAUUGUGAAUCCGGUAAUGUCGGAAGCCACAUUUGCAAGUAUACUCAUAGACUCCCUGGUCUAUGGGUAGGGCUAUUGUUUAGACAUCAACAGAUGAGCUUUCAACGAUGAACAGACACACACCUGAUGGCAUCUGGCGACCCAACUGCAAUCUCACUUAAAUCAGCUCUUUUGCUCCGAUGCGAUACCUCUCACGCAGAGGUAUGGCAUCACGGUAAAAUUUACUGAGAUUGUAUGACGAUCCAUUUUCCUUCCUCAGCGUUUGUUUUACAAUGUGAAAGACACAAUUGAGUAACAAUCUCAACACUGACAAGACACCACUUGUCAGUGGUGUCUUACUUUCCAAAACUAAAGUAUGCUUGGCAAACAUGCCAAAAUGCCACGUGUUAAACAGAAAUAUUAACUGGUCGAGCUUGCUUGAAGCAUUACCGACCACUGUGAAGUAUAGUCUUUUAUUGAACAUUAAAAGGGCCACACUUGGUCGCAUAUUUCCAAUUGA